AUGGGUUACUCUGAUAAACAUAAAUUAAAAACAUCCAAUUUACAAUUACCAGUAAGAUUAUUAUUAGGACCAGGACCAUCGAAUUUACAUCCAAGAGUUAAUCAACAAUUAAUUUCAAGUAUGGUUGGUUAUACUGAUGCUAGUUAUUAUAAAGUUAUGGAUGAAACAAUGGAAUUAAUGAGAUACUUAUUCCAAACUGAUAAUCAUUUUACAAUUCCAAUUUCUGGUGCUGGAACAGCUGCAAUGGAAACUUGUGUUUCAAAUUUAAUUGAACCAGGUGAUAAAGUUGUUUGUUUAGUAUCAGGAUUCUUUUCAGAUAGAAUUUAUCAAAUGGCAGUAAGAUAUGGUGGUAAUAUUUUAAAAGUUGAUAAACAAUGGGGACAAUGGUUUGCAUUGGAAGAGAUUGAAUCAGCAUUGGUUCAACAUAAACCAUCAUUGUUGACAUUAGUAUUUGGUGAGACAAGUACUGGUGUUAAACAACAAAUGGAAGGUGUUGGUGAAUUAUGUAAGAAAUAUAACUGUUUAUUGAUGGUUGAUUGUGUGGCUGCAUUGGGCGGUGUGCCAGUGUUUGUCGAUGAUUGGAAAAUCGACGCAUGUUAUACCGGCACUCAAAAAUGCUUGAGUGGUCCACCAGGCAUUUCACCACUUACAUUCAGUAAUGCAGCUUGUCACAAGAUUGCCACUAGAAAAACACCCGUUGCCAACUGGUAUUUGGAUUGCAAUUUAUUGGGUGGUUAUUGGUGUCCAGAAUUCAAUUUAGCAGAUGGCACAAUCGCCAAAGAGGAGAAAUCAACAAUACCCAAAAGAUACCAUCACACAACUCCUGCAAAUUUAUUGUACUCGUUGAGAGAGGCAUUGGUUUUAUUGGUGGAGGAGGGUCUUGACAAUGUAUGGAAACGUCAUCAAGACGCUGCCAUAUUGUUGUAUGCCGGUUUGGAAAGCUUAGGUUUGAAACCAUUUGUUCCACAAUUAAAUGAAGCACCAGAAAAAGGUGGUCGUCUUUUCAGUUUAACCACUGUUAACAUCCCAGAUGGUGUCGAUGGUAAAAUGGUCAUGAAAUAUCUUUUGGAUAAUUUCAAUAUUGAAAUUGCUGGUGGUAUUGGUGCUUUUGCUGGAAAAGUUUGGCGUAUUGGUUUGAUGGGUCAAAAUGCUAAUCCAGGUAAUAUUAAAUUAUUAAUUAGUUCAUUAUCUGAUGCACUCAAAGUUAAUGGUUUUAAUUGUUAA